CUUGCUCGGCUCCCAACUGCAGGGGCUGCUCCCCGGACUGUGCCCGGCACGCUGCCGGGGCUGGUGGCUGUAACCUGGCCGCGCUCUGCAAAGAGCCAUGCCGAUCUGGGAGAGGCUGAGUGGGGGGCUCGCCUCAAGAGGGGCUCCCGUGUGGGCUGCGCUGCUCCUUCUCCUGGGCCGUUACAUGAGGACUGCCCACGCCUACAACCUAGACACACAGCACCCCGUGGUCUUCAAGGGGCUCAGUGGGACAUUAUUUGGCUAUUCGGUUGUGCUGCACAGUCAUGGCACUAGUAGAUGGUUGGUUGUGGGAGCCCCUAAAGCCAACUGGUUGGCAAAUAGCUCUGUGGUCAAUCCAGGUGCAAUUUUCAGAUGCAGGAUUGGGAGCAACCCCAGUGGGACUUGUGAACAGCUCCAGCUGGGUGAGUUGAAUGGAGAUUCUUGUGGAAAGACCUGUUUUGAAGAGAGAGAUAAUCAAUGGCUGGGUGUCAGCUUGUCCAGGCAGCCAAGGGAAAAUGGAACCAUUGUUGCAUGUGGACAUAGGUGGAAAAAUAUAUAUUACAUAAAAACUGAACACAAACUCCCUAAUGGCGUUUGUUAUGAAAUCCCUCCUGAUUUUCGAACACAACUAAGUGAAAGAAUAAGUCCUUGCUAUAAAGAUUAUGUGCGAAAAUUUGGAGAAAACCAUGGGUCAUGUCAGGCUGGGAUCUCUAGUUUUUACUUUAAGGAUUUAAUUAUAAUGGGAGCCCCAGGAUCAUAUUAUUGGACUGGUUCUGUCUUUGUAUACAAUACCACUGCGAAAACCUCUCAAGCUUAUACAGAUUCGAGGAACCAAGUAAAAUUUGGAAGUUACUUAGGAUAUGCUGUUGGAGCUGGCCACUUUCUGACACCAGCUAGUACAGAAGUAAUUGGAGGAGCUCCCCAACAGGAGCAGACUGGUAAAGCAUACAUUUUUAGCAUUGGGACAAGGGCAUUAAAUAUUCUGUCUGAACUAAAGGGUAAAAAGCUUGGUUCUUAUUUUGGAGCUGCUGUUUGCGCAGUGGAUCUGAAUACUGAUGGCCUCUCAGACUUACUGGUUGGCGCUCCAAUGCAAAGUAAAGUCAGAGAAGAAGGAAGGGUUUAUGUUUACAUCAACUCAGGUUCUGGAGCAGAGAUGCUAGAAUUGGAGAUAGAACUAGUUGGGAGUGACUCUUAUGCAGCGAGGUUUGGCGAAUCCAUAGCUAAUCUAGGAGACAUUGAUAAUGAUGGUUUUGAAGAUGUUGCCAUUGGGGCUCCCCAGGAAAAUAAUCUAGAAGGAGCAAUUUAUAUAUAUAAUGGCAGGAAGGAUGGGAUAUCUUCAUCCUUCUCGCAGAGAAUACAAGGACACAGAAUCAGCAACACUUUAAGCAUGUUUGGACAAUCCAUAUCAAGUGGAAUUGAUGCAGAUAACAAUGGUUAUCCAGAUGUAGCAGUUGGUGCCUUUCUCAACGAUUCUGCGGUGCUGCUGAGAACAAGACCAGUGGUGGUUGUUGAAGCUUUUUUAAAACACCCUAAUGCUGUAAAUCGAACUAAUUUGGAAUGUGCGGAAAAUGGCCAGCCUGCUGUGUGUGUGAAUUUAAUGCUUUGCUUUACCUAUAAAGGACGAGACGUCCCUGGUUAUGUUGUACUGCUUUAUGACCUGAGCAUAGAUGUAAGCAGAAAAACAAACACUCCUGCAAGAUUUUACUUUUCUUCUAAUGGAACAUCAGAUAUGGUCUCAGGAAGUAUGGAGAUUUACAACAGCAAUGUUACCUGCAAAAGUCAUCCAGCAUUUUUGAAGAAAGAUGUAAGGGAUAUCCUGACUCCUAUACACAUUGAAGCAACUUAUCAUCUUGGGCAUCAUGUUAUAAUGAAAAGAAGUGUGGAGGAAUUCCCACCACUUGAACCAGUUCUUCAGCAGAGGAAAGAAAAAGACAUUAUAAAAAACAAGAUGGUUUUUGCAAGAUUUUGUUCCAGAGAAAACUGUUCUGCUGACUUGAAAGUUUCUGGAAAACUUGCAUUUCCAAAACCUCAUGAAAAGAAAACAUAUCUUUCAGUUGGAAGUAUGAAGACUUUACUCUUGAAUAUAUCUCUGAGCAAUGCUGGAGAUGAUGCAUAUGAAACUGCCCUCCACAUACAACUCCCUAAAGGUCUUUAUUUUGUCAGAGUUCUAGAACUGGAAGAAAAACAGAUACAUUGUGAAAUAUCAGAUAAGGAAGCUCAUGCAGUGAGACUUGACUGCAGUGUUGGGUAUUUAUAUGUAGAUCAUCUGUCAAAGAUGGAUUUUAGUUUUCUCUUGGAUGCAAGCUCACUUACCAGGGCAGAAGAUGACCUCACCAUCACAGUUAAUGCUACCUGUAAAAAUGAAGAGGAUAACGACCUGCUGUUGGAUAACUCCAUAGCUUUAGUCAUACCUCUGAAACAUGAGAUCGAGCUAAAUGUCCACGGAUCUCUAUCACCAGCUUCAUUUGUUUAUGGACCCAGUGAGGAAAAUUCACCAAUUAAUUGCAUGAAGGAGAAGAUCAACUUCACUUUCCAUGUUAUCAGUGCUGGACCGAGCAUGGCUCCUGCUAUAGCUUUGGAGAUAAUGGUUCCUAAUUCUUUUGCACCAAGAGAAGAAAAGCUGUUUAACAUUCUGGAUAUCCAGACAGCUGAUGGAGAAUGUUUUUAUAAUAAUUAUACAAGAGACUGUACUUUACCAGAAAAAAAUGGACACAUGAACAUAUUAAAGGAUCUCGUCAUUUUCUUUUCAAAACCUCCCAAGAGGCGAGUGUACUGCAUGAAAGAAGAUCAUUCGUGUUUACGAAUACUGUGUAAAUUUGGAAACAUGGAAAGUGGAAAAGAAGCAAUUGUCCGAAUGCAACUGGAAGCUACUCCUUCAGUUUUAGAAAUGGAUGAGGCAUCAUCACUUAAGUUUGAAAUAAGUGCUACAGCAUCACCAGAAAAAAAUCCAAAAGUCAUUGAACUACACAAGGAAAGGCAAAUUGCACAUGUCUUUCUGGAAGGACUACAUAACCAAAAGCCAAAACCUCAUGUUACCAUGCUGAUUAUUGGGAUAGGUUCAGUACUUGGCAUUUUAUUGUUUUUGCUUAUAGUGCUGUUGUUAUGGAAGAGUGGCUUCUUUAAAAGACGUUAUCAACCUAUCCCUCAAGAGCCCCAAAGAGGAAGUUGGAACUUCGUAAACAGCAAUAAGGAGGACUAA